UGGCCACAUAUGUCUUGGAUGGGUUUGAUGCGAUGGAGGAAGAACAAUGCAAGCUUUUGCUUACGUUCAUCCGCUCACUGUUCUCUCGAGCAAGAGAGCUAAAAGGGCAACGUAUUCUCCUCUUUAGCCGAGACCAAAUACCAGGCUAUCUCAACAUCGCGACAUUCAUACCUGGGAUCGUAUCGGUGAUAAGUCCAUGUACCGGAAGCUCACAGACGAUCGCCUGUUAUUAGAAGAAAUCAAGGAAGUGCUAUUCAACGAAUCAUCCGGGAUGUUCCUCUGGGUCCAUCUUCAGCUCGAGAUUCUUUGGAGCACUUGUUUCACAGAUGCCGAAGUCCGCUCAGCAUUGCGUCAACUGCCCAAGGAUCUCGAGGAAACAUAUCGGUAUUGCGCCAAUAGAAUAAACGCUCAUGAUAAACGAGCAUUGAAAGUCCUGAAGUGGGUUGGCUUCGCGUCACGACCUCUGCACGUCGAAGAGUUAAGAGAGGCAGUAGCGUUUGAGAAACAAGACACAGAAUUUGACAGCAACAAGCUUCCCCAACGUGACUUCAUCAUCGGAUCUUGCGCCAAUCUUGUGGUCCUAGACCCGAUAGACCUCUGCGUCCGAUUCGCCCACUCUUCGAUCAAACAGUAUCUGGUGAAAAACGGCCUUCCCGGACCUCAAAGAGCCCUGCAAGAACAACCCUUCGAUGAGAAACAGGAAGAAAUGAAUUGCGGAGAAUUCUGCAUUGCGUAUCUUUGCUUUUCCAACUUCAGCCUUCAGAUCGAGCACAAGUGCAAUGCAACGAGAGACGCCGUGGUCCCCGACCCUGUACUAUUUGCAGGCCCGGCGUUGAAGUCGUCUCUGAGAUACCUUUUUCGGGUACCAGAUAGUCCCAAGCCCCAGAGAGUCCUACAGUUACGCAGUAUUCGCACAUCAACUAUCCCAGAUCGAAGCCAGUACAAAUUUCUGAAUUAUGCUACAGUGAACUGGGUCGGCCAAACGAGAUCUCUUGCGAGGGACUCCCCAAUGUGGGAGAAAUUCGAGAAGCUUGCGACGUGCUUUAAUGAGACCUGGAACUUUCAUCCAUGGAAGCCCGGCGGCCGCUCCCUUCGUUCUCAGUUACAUAGUCUUUUUGGAUGGGCUGUGCGAGAAAACCACGAACCGCUUCUCUCCAUCGCGCUGAAUUGGAAGAAAGAGAUAUUGCAGUGGGAUACGCACCUUUACAUCACGCCAUUGCCCGUAAUGAUACGGAGAUGGCAUCGUUACUGCUUAGCGCUACAAAAGCCAAUACAGACCUAGUGUCAGUCAAAUGCGGGACACCUCUUAGUUUAGCGGUGCAACUGGGAUUUUAUGAGAUGGCGGAACUCCUGAUCCAACAUGAAGCUGCUGUACAGGAGCCUCUUUGGUCGGCAAUAGUGCACGGUAAUGAAGAAAUGAUCAAGCUUCUGGUCAAACAUGGGGCAAACCUGAGCUACAAAGGUGGAAACGGCCAGUCUUUGCUCGAUUACGCGGCUCGGUCCAAGCACAGAAACAUGCCGAAAUUCCUGCGCGGACUGACGGAACAAAAGCUUCUUCUCCUUGGUGCUG